AUGAAGUCAUCAAAACUGAAGGAAACGAAAAAGAAACAAUCACUGAUGAAUUAUCCACAAACAUAUAUGCAGGGCUCUUUGAUUCCCGUUUUUGUUUGCAAGGGACCACAUAUUGGCGUUGUCAGAGUGGAAGCAUCGCCAUUAUGGAACGGCGUCAUACGGAAACAGAAUUUGCGUGACGAGAAUCUGGCAUGUUUUUUUCCUUUUAUAGGCUCAAGAAAGUCAACAAGAGAGGUAGUGAUGAGUAAAUGGCUUUUUUUUUUGGAUUUAUCGCUGGAUUUCCGCAUUGGCCGGUCCCUAUUAUCUAAUCCAACGGAUCAGACAUCGGCUCUGAUUGAUAUCGAUUUUGAGCCUGGUGAGAAGUUGAUUGCUCGAGUUAUUGGAGUUAACGUGACGAAAAAAAGGCGACCGAAAUCGAGGCAUCGAAAAUGCUUGGAAUUAUCGCUUGUAGAAACAAAGAGGGUUUGGAUUUUUGAAAAUUUUCGUUCACUAUAA